ACGGCCUUCCCCGUUGUCUCGUCGAACUUUUUGCACGCCCAUAGCAACGGCGUGCGACAACAUUUACUGAUCGUGCAGCUCCAUCGACUGUCGUUCUUGUCGUAAUCGCAUGGAUCGUCUCGAGACAUAAUGUCUGCCACAUCUUCAGCUGCUCCUCCUCCGGCAACCUCUGCUGCCCCCUCAGGCGGCGGUGGUGGUGGAGGUCCAACUAGCUCGCCGCUGCUAUUCUUCGUCGCGCUUGGUUUUGGUGUUGUCUUCACCAACCUCUGGAUUAUCGUUGGUGUCAAGUAUUGCUUCCGAUAUAAUCAGCGUAACAGGGCUGCUCGUGCCGCCGCAGAUGGCGAGCCCAUCGAUCUCGCCGCCAUGCCCCGUCCGCAUCGGCGAAGGAGGGAAAAGAAGUUGAUGACCAUGGAUGAGGUCAACGAGCGAUUCCCACUGUCCAAGUACAAGCAAUGGAAGUCCAGUAGGGAAAACCAAGGAUUGCCAGCGGCAGGAGGAAUCGCUACUGCGCCUCCCAGUCGAGCUGCCAGUAUUAAAGAGGUGGAGUCUGUGACAGAGCCUGUACGAGACGCUGGAGCGUCAAGCCCGCGACCAGAAACCGCCGCCUCACUUGCAAAAGAAGUCCAACCUACCACUCAUCGAGCCUCGCAAGAGCAAUCAUCCCCGCCUAAGGAGCUUUCCUCGGAGGAGAAAGAGACAGAGAAGAACAAAAACAAGGUCGAGUUGACGACGGUAGAGACGGAGAAUUAUCAGCCAGGAAAGGAACCUACACCUUCUCACGAUGCGGAUGCCGACGACUCAGAUGAUGAUGACCCGAUCCGCACUGCUGCCGCACCGGAAUUGCUGCAUGAACCAGGUGAUACUUGCGCCAUCUGCCUUGACACUCUUGAGGACGACGACGACGUUCGAGGCCUGACUUGCGGCCAUGCUUUCCAUGCCAGCUGCGUGGAUCCGUGGUUGACCAGCCGCCGUGCUUGCUGCCCUCUCUGCAAGGCCGACUACUAUGUGCCGAAGCCGAAGCCUGAAGGUGAGACUACCGAGCAGACCUCCGCGGGACGACGCCCUGCCGGUUUCCGCUCUCCCACGUCUCCUCAAUCGGCCUGGACGGGAGGACGCUUCACUCGACCUCGAGUUGUGUUCCUGGGCAACCCUCAUCAGCCCGCUAAUGGUGACGAUCGUCCGGCAUCAUCGCACGGUUGGGCAGGUGCUUUACGUCGGCCAAGGCGGCAAGAUCGCAACGCUGCUACACAGCAAACCUCCGAGCCAACUGCGGAAGUUCAAAACCCUAGUGGGCGAUCCAGGUUCGGCUGGUUUAGCCGCAACCGUGACGCAAAUGCCACAAACAACGAAGCCCAGGCCCAGACCCAGCCUACUCCAGCUCAGCUGGAAUCUGGCACUGCUGGCCGGUAAAUCUGUAUCAUGUUCACGACGCUCAAAACCUCAGGAGGCCCCAUUGACUACACUGCACACAAUUUCCUCUCCACAACCACGAAAUCCCUCACGCCCCCUUACGACUCGUAUCCUAUCUAGAUU